UUGAAAAUUAUUUUAAAAUUAUUGCGAAAAGCAGUGACAAUUACAUUGGACCAAGAACAGAUAUCAAAACCCACCUCCAACAUUUCUACCCCAGCUAAAGGAAUUAUCUCAAAGGCAAAAGUAUAAGCAAAACAAAAGGAAAUCAAACGCUGGUGCAGAUUAACAGCUGAAGUUUUUGCUUGAAGCGAAGUAAUUUAUCUUUUUUGUGAUAGACAAACACAUACAUCCCCCUCCCCCCGUCUUUGCUGCACAGCACACUUGCUAGUAAGGUGUUGCCAACAAUUUCAAUAAUGUGUGGCCUUACUAAAAUUAUUGUAAUUAUGUUCCUAAUUACGAUUACCAAGUUUUUACUUAUCGAUGCUGACCAUACAAUGCGUGCAGCAAAUCUGUUGACCCUCACGGCAUUUGGGUCAUUGUUUUGGUCGCGGAUCGGUGCAGUAGACACAAGACAGCAUUACGACAACUCAAUUCAGUCUGCUAAUGCGCAUCAUUUAGCAAAACGCAUGGACCUGGAAUCAUGCCUAGGUCAAUUUGAUGUUCAUAAAAACACAAUAAUACGGACCGGUGAAUCGCAGGCAAUUGGUGGUAAAUAUUUGCAAGGUCUUGAACUGGACACAAUGGAAGAAUGUCAACGAUUAUGCUGCGAAACUGAUUCUUGCGAUGUUUAUAUAUUUGAAGACAAGAACGACGGCUACUGUUAUCUUUUUGAAUGCGGUCCACCAGAAAAUUUCCAUUGCAAAUUUACAAGACAUGCCAAUUAUACAAGUGCAGUAUUGACAACUAUUCGACAUAUACCAGAAACCACCACUCCCCGCCCUACUUUACCACAUAUUGCAACAACAAAUAUAUCUCAACAAGAAUGGGAGUUAUCAAAUUUAAAGGUAAAACAAGAAACUCGGGAGAAAACUUCUGAGAACGUACCAGGAAACGGUGGCGUGGUAAGCUCCCCUAUCGGUACAAGUAAUACUGUUGGUACAAAUAAUAUUGCUGCUGGAAGUAAUAGUAUAGUGGCAGUAUUACCACAAAGUAACAGUCAAAAUGAAAUUAGCAACACACAAAAAGUCACUAAUAUAACAGCGAACUGCGGUCGAUUUCAGUUCAGCUGUCACUCCGGUGAGUGCAUUGCUGUCUAUAACGCGUGCGAUGGCAUACCACAGUGUGAAGAUGGCAGUGAUGAAGGUCCAGAGUGCUCUGGUGCUACUUCAUCUUCUUCAGCUGUUAAUGCAGCUAUUCCUGCUACAAAUACUGCUCCCCAGACAAAUGGAAAUUUGGACACGUCGACUAUUACCAAUAAUAACAAUAAUAUAUUAGAUCCUGUUGUGUAUUCUUUUGAUAUAAAUGCUCAAAUCGAACAACUUCUGGUUGCUUAA